AUGUCACCGGCUGCGCAUAGAGCGGUCUCGCCAUCAGACGAUGGCCGAUCAAGUAAUGCCAGUCGGGCACCGUCAAGCCAGGACCCAUACUACUCCAACGAAGACAUAGCUACACUGCAUGCGGUAGUUGUCUCUGCCCAGGAGUUUCUCGACUCGGCGCCCGAACCCAAACCGCUACCGGCGGCUGCGUUAUUCAAGGCAUACGAUGUUAUACUCCCCACGUAUGGAAUCGAUCCAGAUUCAGAUCAUCACUUGUCAACUUUUGUCUUUCGCGUGGGCGGUGAGCAAGGCGAAGGCAGCUUGCUUGAUAAGUUUCAAUCCAUCCUAAACCGUAUGGGCAUUGUGUUGGAGUUUGGUGAUAAUACGACAGCUUCGGUCCGAACUUCAGCCUCCCUAUCCCCGGCCGCAUCCUCAACAAGUCGUCAAAGUAAUGCAUCCAUGCAACAGAAAGAGGCCCAGCAGGGCGGCCAGCAGAAUGGCCAUACUACCGCCGAAGUGGAAGCACCCCAGCCACCCCCUUCAUCCUCUCCGCUUCCAUCGCCUUCACCAUCGCCGUUACCAAGAUCACCGUAUCACCAGCAAGAUGAACAAGAUUUCUCUGAAACUGACGAGGAGGAUGGUGCAUAUGAGGAAAUGCGAAAGGCAGUUGUAUCAUCAGCUAUGAACCGUUGGCGUUCAUUGGUUGCGAACCGUCGAGCGCAGCCCGCGCAACGGAUACCUUCAUUUCCAAGCAUUCCCGAGGAAGCAUCUACCGAUGUCAGGAACUUUGAAGCUUACUCCUACGAUGGAAAGCCCGCAGCGACUGUAAACGGAACCACAACGUCGGUGCAGGUGAAUGGUAUUGGGCCGCAUAGUCAAACUUCUGUGAAGGAACCGACCGAUAUACAAGCAAAGCCAGUGUCGACUCAAUCGUUCAUACACCAGCCCCUUGCAGUUCUUAGCAACGCUAUCCGGUCAACGGCAACCCUAAUUCGAGAUAAUGCACCACAAGUUGUGCACGACGAAGAACACUCACUACAUGAUGAUGAAGUGCCGCAAAGUCCCAGGGAAGGUCUCACUAACAAGGCAGAAGAAAUGGAAGAGGCGCCAUCCAAUUAUAUACACCAUACACAAGAGGUGCAUUCCCCUACGAUAGUGGCCCAGCCCAGCACAGUAAACCGUAACGAGGGCACAGCUGCUUAUCAUUCUACACCCCAAGAAUACCCGGAAGACACGCCACCGCAGCAAGUAACGGCCGAUGACGAUCUUCUAACACCCGAGAAGCAAAUUGAGUUGGAAAAAGAGCACAAUCGGCUUCUUAAACGUGCCAGCAGAGCUCGUGAGAUCUACCUUGCGAGCAAGGUCUUCAACCACUGGGCUGAUCGUACUGCGCGCCGUCUUGAGAGAGAUGCUGUCGCCAGACGACAUAUGAUACGUUUUCGCUACUUUCGAUCUUGGAGUCAAGCCCCUGCGCUUCGGGAGCCCACCAUUGAUCAUAUGAGAACGGCCGUCAUGGUAAAAAAAUGGCAACGGGGUGUCACAAAAGAGAGGAGACUCCAAGAGACUGCGCGGAUGGCCGCUCGGGCCUACGAGCUUGGAAGAAUCCAACAUGUUCUCGAUUGCUGGCAUUGCCAUCGCGUCAAACAUCUGGGCCGCCAAAUGACAGCUUCGCGUAGCAGAUCAGGGGCGAUCUCAAAAUGGCUAUCAAAGGCUUCUCAUGAUGAGGCCCUUCAACAGGCCAUACGAAUCCAAUCAGGUCUGCGACUUAGAGUAGAUGCUAUUCACCAAUGGCAUGGUCAUAAACAGAGGGAAACCCGGCUGUCAAUUACUUCCCGGCGUAUCGGGGAGAUUCAAUAUUCGUUCACCUACCUACGAGAAUGGUGGGACCAGGCUGAGACCAAACGAAAGGCGAUUGAUUAUCGCCAGCAACUUGUGGCCAAGAAGGCCAACUUCACUUUUGACCAGUGGAACCUCAGAGCCAGAGCUCAAGCUUUUCAAUGGAGGCGCGAAUACCUCCAGGUCGAGCGGGCAUUCGAUCGAUGGCUCCAGUGCGCGGAACAGGACAGAGACAUGGCAAGGAGAACAGAAGAAUACUAUGAGGAACAGGCCAAGGCCAAUGUUCUAAGGAACUUCAGAAGACUUCAGUAUGAUUCUUCCCAACUGGAACGCUUGGAGGCCCGAGCUCGUCUAUAUCUCGGAGCAACUACAGUAUUGCGAGUCUUCGAUCGAACGAUAAGGAAUCGUAGAGACCAAGACAAACAGCAUAUUAAGAGAUAUCUGAUGGCACGAUACACGCAAGUAUCAUCUGCCAGGAAGAAGCGCAACUGCUUCAAUGCUAUUGAUAAAUGGAAAUCUUUGGCUGCGGAGGACCGAGUUGAAAGUGACAUGGCACAGGAGCUGCUAGCCCGGAAGGUAGUGCACCAACUGACGUUGACAGUCGAUACGUGGAUAAACCAGGCGGAUUUGGACCAGCGGCACAUGCAGGCUUCACAGCUUCAUCGCGCACAUGAAUGGUUAGAAGCCUGGAAGGUGUACGCCAGAGAUCUUGAGAAGCAAGACACUGAAGCCUGGCAACUUUGGGCAGCUGACAAACAACGCCAAUCCCUCAAAUCUUGGUCGAUUGCAUCGUUGCAGCAGAGUGGACAGGCCCACACAGCCUUGGAAGUUCAAAAGAAGCACGAACGUGAGAGACGCAAUCGAGUCUUGCAGUACUGGAAGCAACGAGACGACAGAAUUCGUACUACUUUGCCUGAGACUCGCUCGUAUCCAAACUCGUUACCUACUGCGUGGCCGCGCGGUGGCUGGAGGAUGACUUCUGCAAGGCGCUCCAUGGCCAAUCGCAAUGACCGAGGUUACGACUACAUCAGUACACCACUUGAGACACCAACUCGAUGGACUGGCCAGCCGUUCUCUAUGUCGACGAUGAUGCCGCCAGGAUCGAUGGCGCCGCUUAGAGAGAUCGACGAAAACGACGUAGCAUUUUCGCUUGCAGGUGAUGAAGACGACAUAGAACUGCCAGCAUCACCGUCCUUGAGGCCUGCCUCGAGAGGUCCUCAGUUUUCCUCUUUAUCGUCGACAACUCCUAUGGCACCAGUACCCUCGCAUUUGGAGCGUGGCGCUCGAGGACGUGGCAGCGUGUCAGAUCACGGCUUUGUCGUUGGGGGAACGCUACGGCGUUCGCGAAUGCCAAAAUUUGAAUCAUCUCAACCAGUGUCAGGACUGUACAAGGCUGACGAAGUUUCCGAGUCUGCAGGCUCUAGCCGAGUCCAUGUCUCACAUCAACCACUCGCUGCCAAGAGAUCUUUCGGAUUUAAGCCUCUGAAUGGGCAUACCAUUGGACCUCAACCCUCCUCGCCAGAGCCAAAUCUUCCAGCCGUGGGCAGUAAGUCCGUCGGUGCAAAACCAUCUGAUAUGCAGUCCGCGCUCCCGUCACAACCCGCAAAAUUUACACCAACAAGAAGGUCGGUGCGUAUUCAAUCGCCGAGAACAUUGUCGGCUACACCACAAACUCGUCCACUGGGAAUACCACGCAGCGACCAGUUCCGCGGUCGUUCAGGUACAAGCCGUUAG